UUCAAGUGUCAAAACUGAUCAAUACUUGGGAGGGUUUAUGCAUGAAAUUAGAAUAAUUAAAUCAUAAUGGGGGCAGUUUGGGAAUUGAAGAGAGUCGAAGGUCAUAAUUAUGUUUCCCAUUCAUUAGCCUCCUUUUCCCAACACAAAAAUUCAGGUCCAAGGAACAACCUUUUGGUGUCAGAACCAUAGCAUUAUAAAACCCACCCAGAAAUUUUCAUUCUUUCCAAGUGUUUUGCAGAAAGUGAAGGAGACAGAACAAAAACAUGAGUCCCAUUGGUUUGUGUCUCCUCUCCCUCGUUUCUCUAACCCUUGUCUCCAUUGUCAUAGCCCAAGAAAGAGCCCCUCAUGGGCUUGUCUACGAGAAUCCCGAAGCCUUUUCACCAUCUGCAUAUAACUUCUUUCAUCCCAAUGAAAAGAAGCCCGAGACCAAAAACCCUUGUGCAGCAUCAAAAUGUUCACCAAUGCCUUUAGCGGCACAGGUGGAAGCCACUGAAAUUCAUGAAAGCAGAGCGAAAACACUAGAAAGAGGUAGCAGAAAAUUAGGAGCUGGUGGCCUAGCUGGCAUUGUCUUCGGUGUUGCUUUUGUCGUGGUUUUGGCUAUGGGGGUCUACCAUGUCAGGGUUACUCGCCGAACCAACAUGAGUAGAGCCAACCACAAUGGUGCUGUUCAAACACAUGUUUGAUAUGCUUUGUCUCUGUCAUAAUCACUUCCAAAUCUCACCCUAGAUGUAGAGCAGGGCAUGUAAUGUAAUGUAAUGCCCUUAAUAUCUUACUUCUACACCAUUACUUAUUUGCUUUUAUCUUCUUCCAUUUGUUUUUGGUUAACCAGUGUAUCUACUGUUGUGGAUUGUGAUAUAGUGAUCUGUUUCUAAUUUGGAUCUUGUCGAACAAUCAAGGUCGAAUGUUUCAGUGUUUUUACAAACAAGCUCCUUAGGUUAUGAACUCAAAAUGUUUUUUCUUA